AUGGAAGUCAUCGUUGAACUUCUAGUGCACCGUCAGCGAAGUCAUAGUACGUCAACACUGCCAAAUGAAACGGUGUUAUGCGAGGAUUUUGAUGCGACUUUGAAGGGUGGAGAUGAUGCGAAUAUGUAUGGUUCGCAUAGCAGUGUAAUACUCUCGGAGAUUGUUGCCAGUUGUCCGGAACCGGAAGCGACCAACUCUGAGUUGUUGACAGAUUUCGAACUGCGAAAAACAAGAUCGGUGGCCAGUUUCAGUGGUCCUUCAUCGGAAAUGAGCAGCGAAAAAGGCGAUAACUUAGAUUCGAGAGUUGUUGAGACAUUAAUCAUACCAUCGGAAACAACUUCAAUGAAUUCAGUAACACUCUCUUCAUCGCCACAAAACGUCAGCGUCGAAAAUUUCCUGCGAGAAGGCGAUAAAAAUAUCGACAAAAAAGUGAAUCCAUCGCAGUCUAUGUCAACGAAUCAGCUCAUCACACAAAUGAAAUCAUCGAGUGUUUCGAAUCUAUCAGUACGAGACGAUGAAGUGCUCUCGUCUCCGAAGGGUGACUUUCUCAAGGAUAAUAGCAGACCUGCAUCUCGUCGUGAGCGAAUACAA